UAUUCUAAGAUUGACAUGUUAUAUCAAGAUAACAAGAACAGCAGCAUGCGUAUGUUGAACCGUUUGGUGGAAGAUACGAAGAAAACCUGGAAAAAUACACGUGAAAAUAUUACCAAAUUCUGUGAGUACACGUUCGCUGAACUUCGUCAGUUGACCCAACUAAGAUUGACGUCCUUAUCUGCAUCUGCUAAAAUGGCUGCCCAGGAACUCAAGAGAAUGCGACAGGAAGUCGUACACUUCUGUAAAGUAAAAUAUUUGGCUUUGUACAACACGACCAUUGAAGCAAAGCAAAUCGUCUACGAGAACCUGAAAAUGCUCCCGAAAAGAAGCGAAGAAAUUGUGGAAUAUCUCAAGAAACACGUUUCAAGAUUGAUGCUCACAACAAAGUUGAGAAUCGAGAAGCUGCAAAGUAAAGCUGUACGUUUAAAUGAAGACUUGGUGGAAAUCGUUGAAGAAAACCGAAAGGAAAUGGAGAGGAGAAUUGGAACCUUGUUCAACUCAACCGAUAUCAAAAAGUUCAUUGAUAAGUAUUAUAAUGUCGAAGACCUGAAGAAUAAGACCAACGAGAUUAAGGAAGAUAUCCUCAACAUAAGCUUUGUACGUGAUCUUGUAGAGAUGGGAGAAUCUUACUACAUGGAAGGCCGACGAUUAAUUAAUCUUGUCAAGGAAAGCAGCGAGUUUGCAUUGUAUGUGAUCAAACAUAUUGUGAAAUACAGCGAUCUGUGGGAAAUUGUCAACGAAUGGACAAAUCCAUUCUACUGGAUGCCUCCAUCUAACAGUAUUGCAAUGAUAUUUGGUAAGCCUCACGUGCACACCUUCGACGGUCACUCAUACCAGUUUGUCGGAUAUAAGAAACCAUCAUGCACUUAUGUCUUGGCUCAUGACUUCAGGGAUAACAACUUCACUCUUAUGAGCCAGGAAACAGCUUUGAUUGUCAACACCAAUGCUGGUUUUAUCAAGAUUCAUGAAAGUGGAAAGGUUGAAGCGACAGUAACCAAAGAUGUUGAUGGAAAAGAAGGAAGCACCACCCAUUAUGAGCUACCUGUUGAAAUGAAGCAAAUGUCCGUAACGAGAGAAGGCUCGUUUAUCAAGAUCAAGCAUGAUACAGGACUUAAUAUCAUCUGCGAUCUUAGACAUUUCUUGUGCACAUUCAACAUUGACAAAUUCUAUUACGGAAAACUAGCAGGAUUACUUGGUACAAACAACAAUGAACAGUAUGACGAACUUAUGAAGCCGGAUAAGACUAUCGCAAAAUCAAUGGCCGAGUUUGCCAAUGCUUGGGAAGUGACCAAAGACCCCGAGUGCCAAGUAACCGAUACAGAAGUGAAGCCUACGUGCGGAAAGACGCCAUCUCCACGAUGCGCGCAACUCUUUAUGAGCGCUUCAUCUCCUCUGGCUCGAUAUUUCACGACUGUUGAUCCAAAACCAUUCUACGAUGCAUGCCGUUUCGACACCUCUGACUGCGAGACUGAUGUUCCAGCAAGUAAGAGCUUCUGCAAUGUUACCGCUGCAUACACAGCACUCUUGAGAGAGAAAGGAGUCUGGGCACGACAACUGGAUGAAUGUGGGAGCUGUGGUGCCAAAGGCGCGUGGCAAAAAUGGACAGAAGGUGGCAAUAAUAACGUCGACGUGGUCUUGCUUAUUCCCGAGACACUAAACCUCCAGAUCCAUGCAAAUAAUCUACCUAAUUUCCUCAAAGAGCUACAAACUGACCUUAGCAAAUAUAACUCAAGAUACGCAGUCGUUGGUUUCGGUGGUAAGUCUGACGUACUCAGACGCCCACACAUCGUUACUGGCGGAGGUAAAAUCUUUGGUGGCAUCGAAGAUGUGAAAAGUGCAAUUGCUAACAUGAAGUUCACUUCCGGAGCAGCAAACGCAUUUGAAGCUAUUGAGUAUCUUGCUCAUCUGCCGUUCCUGCCUGGAGCAAGUAAGGUUGUGAUCAUGAUGACCGAUCAAAAUCGUGAAGUGAUGGCGAGUCCACCAUUACAGAAGGCCAUCAAAGAUCUGGACAUGCAAGGAGUGAUAUUUAAUGUGAUUGGUCCUUAUUUCCAAAAGAAACAACACAGAGAUGUUCUUGGAUUGUGGAAGGGCAAAGCGAUGCUUAAAAAAGACUUUUCCAAGGAAAGAUCGCGACGGAGCUCCAUUGGGCUACCAUCGAAUGUCUACACCAAGUUGGCAGAAUCUUCGCAAGGUGGAACCUUCAAUCUCAAGGCGUAUUCAAAGGAGCUCGGAGAUUGGACCAGUUUACUGAAGCAGGCAAUGAAAACGACAAUUGGAAAACAGAUUGAUGAAGACCAGUCUCACUGUCGACAAUGUGUUUGUGUUCCAAGUCUUAUGACUGAACCGGUGACCAUCUGUAGAACAAACAAACAUGCAAGGUGCUCCUAAAUGGACGUCUUCAUCCUCCGUAUGCACAAAACUACACAAAACUAACCACAAGCCAGAACUCUUAACCUAUAUUAUUAUUUUUAUUAUCUUACUUUUGUUAUAAGCCUUUAUAUUUUUAUGAUUCACUAAUAGAGUAAAUUAUAUUUGAAUUAAUAUGCCAUGAAGGGACAAGGUCUACAUUGAUGUUAUGUAUUUUAAACUAUUUAGAUGUAACGGUUCGAUAGUAACAUCGUUCACGUAAUAUAUGUAUGCGUAUCUAAAAUAUAUAUACAACGUUUGUAAUGUUAAUCUUUGUGUUGGGUAAUAAAAUAGGAAGCAAAAGUU